CUGCCACUACCAAAAGCAUCUGUUGGAUGAAGAGUACAACAAAAUGCAUUUCGGGAAUUCCAAAUACUUUUUAUUUCUGGCAUUUGGCCUCGUCAUUACUUUCUGUGGGGUUGAAUCCGUUCACGUUUGUGGUGAUGGUUUAAGCGACAUGAUGGCAAGAAUAUGCACACAUGGCUUUAACUACAGAUUGAAGAGAUCCGAAGAUACUAGAAACAACAACAAUGCCUUGAUAGACUUGGAAAAACAGCCGCUGCUUUAUGCUAUAUUAGGCGAGAGUGCUCGGAAUCAAAUUUUGUUCACCCGACGACGUCGAUUUAGCAUUGUUGACGAGUGCUGCGUUGACUCCUGUCCAACAUCGCAGCUCAGGGAGUACUGUCUUUAAUUGACAAGUGAAACACCCAAAGGACUCGAUUUCACUAUUUCAAAUUUUGAAUGGAUAAGAAGACAAUUUAUAAGUAUUAUAUUUGAUUAUACCUAACUUCGUGAAUGUUAUUAACGACCAAUUGCAAAAUAUGUUAAAAAUGGAAAUACAAAUUAUGUUAUGAAUUACAAUUUUAAAUAAA